GGCCGGGCCGGGGGCGGUACUCGCCGCCCGCACCUCGACGGAGCGGGCCGGGCCCGGCAGAGCCGAGGCGGGGCCGGGGGUGAGCGGCGGCCCCGGCGCUCGGAGACACCGACGGCGGGCAUGGGGCCGGCGCUGCUGCUGGGGCUGCUCCUCUCCAGAGCCGGAGACCUCCUGGCUCUGCCCAGGAGUGACUGUGUCGUGGCAGAGCGGCUGUGCCUCUCGGACUCCACCUGCAAUGCCACGUACAGGAUCCUGGAAAACUGUGCCCUGGCCAAGACUCGCCUCCUUCCACUGGAUCACGAUAGCAGGGUCAGAUGUCUGAAUGCAGAGCUGGACCUUGGGAACAGCUCUUUGCUGCACUGCAAGUGUCACCGGCGCAUGAAGAGACAGGAGCACUGCUUACGUGUCUUCUGGACCGUUCACUCCAGCAUGACAGAUGGUUAUUUCCAUUUGGAGACCUCUCCCUAUGAGAACCCAGCAAAUGAAGAACACUGGAAGACAGAUUAUAAUAAACUGGCAGCUCUGGUAUCAGGCUCACAGUUAGCGGGAGAUGCAACAAACCCGUGCCUGAAAGAAAGUCAUGUCUGUAAUCUGAGCAAGAAGUGUGUUCGCCUGCGCACAGACUACGCCUCCAUCUGCACCAGGGCGGCGGGGAGUGAGGACGUGUGUGACCGGCGCAAGUGCCUCAGGGGGCUGAGGAAUUUCUUUGAGAAAGUCCCUGAGGAUUUCACCAAGAGGAUCCUCUUCUGUCCGUGUCAGGAUGAAUUUUGUGGAGAAAGACGCCGGAAAACUAUUGUUCCUGAUUGUUCCUUCCAGUCUAACACCAAACCCAGUUGCCUCUGGCUGCUGGACUUAUGCUUAGAGGACCCUUUCUGCAAAUCCCGACUGGCUGACUUCCAACAAAACUGUCAACCUGCAGACACGUCUCCAGAUGGCUGCUCUCUGCACAACCAUGCUGCAUGCCUGCAGGCUUACAUGGGGAUGAUUGGCACACCCAUGACACCCAACUAUGUCAGUAACUCCAGUGUGGAGGUCUCCUUGUGGUGUACCUGUGAGAGCAGCGGCAACCAGAAGGAGAAGUGUGACCAGAUACUCGGCAUGUUUGAGAGCAACAAAUGCCUUGAAAAUGCCAUUUGGUCUCAAAUGCACCUGAAGCAGACAGCUCUAGAAAGACAGGAAGACUUACCUCAUUCAUCUUCCCUAAGCUUCCAAGGAGACAGUGCCAGCACAUCUCUUGCUUCAGAAAUGUCCCAGGUGGCUGAAGGGAAGAUGCAGCAAGACAGCUCUGAACACAGCAGCAUGCCUUUGGCCUCCUCUGAGCAUUCUGGAGCUGCUACUUCUUGGCCUUCUCUGGCUCUGUUCCUGCCCCUGUUGCUGAACAUUAACUUGGCAUAAAUGGAAUCUUUCCUUCCCAUAUUAUUAAUCUUAUUCCAUAUCCAGGCACGUCCCACUACAGAUUUACCUUUGGGAAACAGAAGGCUUUCAGACAAGAGGAAUGGAACAGCCUUACCCCAGAAUAGCAGUCUCUGGAAACCUCCCAACGUACUUGCCCCCCACUUUCCCCGCGUCAGUUCGCACUGAGCUCUGCAGAUGUGGUUCUCACCAUUGCUUCUGCCAUGUAUGCAUUGUGAGUAACAGCCAGGCUCAUGUUCCAGCUCAGCAGUUUAAAACAAAGGUCUGAGUUCUGUCAGAACUUGUGCAGGGUUUGGUUUCUGACUGCAGGGAUGACCUGACACAGGAUGUCCGCCCACCCCACCUUCUGGAGCUCUUCCUCGGGCCUGCAGUCACUGAAUGGUUUCUGUUGGAAGGGACCUUAAAGACGAUCUUGUUCCACCCCUGCCAUGGGCAGGGACACCUUCCACUAGACCAGGUUGCU